CCUCGACGCUCAACGACAGUUUUCCGUCCCUGUCCAAACGUUAAGUAUCUCUCUUCAUCAACAUGGCAGACAUCUCCAAAGAGGACCUCCGCAAAGAAAUUGCCGCAAUUCUAAAGGACGCCGAUUUAGCUUCUACAUCAGCAAACAAAGUGAGGCAACAACUAGAGGAGAAAUUUGAGACUAAAUUAACUUCUCGAAAGAAGGAAAUUGAUAACCUCGUCAUGGAACAUGUAAGUACCAAGGGUAAGAAGAAGGCUGAUAAGAAGAAGAACGAAUCUGAGGAAGAGGAUGAAGAAGAAGAAGACGAAGAGGAGGAGGAGGAAGAAGAAGAGGAGGAAGAAUCUGAAGAUGAUAAGAAAACCAACAAACGUGCUAGCGCAGCAAAGAAAAGUGCUCCUAAAAAGAAGAAAGUAUCCGAAGAGUCAGAAGGAAGUGAACCAUCUGAUGGAGAAUCCGAAGAGGAGUAUUCCCCUAAAAAAGCUACCCCAGCAAAGACUCGUAAAUUACCUCCCAAGAAAAAGAAGGAUUCUGAAUCUGACUCUGGUGAUGAUUGGGGGAAAUCAAAAAAAGGCGGUAAAAAGGGCGGUGGCGCAGCUGCUGGAAAAGGUUAUACAAAAACUUUGAAGUUAUCACCGGAAUUAGCCGCACUCGUGGGACAGGACACAAUGGCUCGUCAUGAAGUUGUAAAGAAAGUAUGGGCAAUCGUUAAAGAACGAAACUUAUACGAUCCCAGCAAUAAACAGUUUGCUAUUUGCGAUGAUGCCAUGUUUAAGGUGAUAGGUGUUAAACGAUUCCGCACCUUUGGUAUGAUGAAAUACCUCAAAAAUCAUUUUAAAUAAUCCCAGCUUCCAAUUCUUCAAGGAAUCCCAUGGUUUGUUGCAACAAGAACCAGUACUAUGGCCCGACUUCAAAGUUUUGCCAUUAAUGCUCGAAUCGAUCGCGCAAGAAUCUAUCUAAAAAAAUGUUGCUGCGAAUCCGCUGGUGUUUCUAAAGAAAAAGUAAAAAUAAAAAAACGCGGACGCAAAAAUGAAAUGUAAAGUGCUCCUGUGUGGAGGGCAGUGUGGCUGUAAGAAAAAUCAGACGAAGCUCUGAAUAAGACUUACUAAGUUUUUCAAUACAAUUUUAGUGUCUUUUUUUUUAGUAAUAAUUAAUUGUUCAGUAUCAUUGUAAUUUAUGUAUUAAAAAGUUAUUUUUAAUGGGUUAUUUAAGACGAAAAUAUAAUUGACUUUAAGAAUCUUAA